GUAGCGCAUGAUCUCUAAUCCACAUAACACAAUUUAUAGGUGCUCACUGUAUCCGUUCAUCACAUUUUGUCUCCCAUUUGAUGUGGCACUUCUGGCAUGAGGCCCACGUCAUGCAAGUAGCACAAGACUCGCGGUGCCUGAGGGUGGCUAUGGCAGAGUUCCCGGCCAUGACAGUGAUAUCAGGAUCACCUCCCCAGUACAAGUUCUACGGAGCUACGGUGAUAGUGAUUAGCUUGGUGGCUGAUCACCUUGGCUUCUGCAUCAAAUUUCUUCGAGCACCUGAUGGGCAGUAUGGUGAGGCCUUGCCAAAUGGAUCAUGGACUGGAUGCAUUGGGAUGUUACAGAGAGACGAGGCAGAUCUUGGUGGAACAUUGUUCUCCGUCAUGUGGAGGAGAUCGGCCGUUGUUGACUUCACCUUUCCCCUCUACAUUGAUCAAACCAACGUGUUUUAUACUCUCCCUAAGGUCACAUCGGAUAUGCUUGGGUUUAUUAAGCCGUACACGCUGCAGUCCUGGGUGAUGCUGAUCAUGGGAUGCGUUAUUGUGUUCCUCACGAUAACAUUCGUUCUCCAAAGUGCAGCAAAUAUGAAAAGAUGGUCAGAUCCUGCUGCUCUUCGGGAAUCGAAUUCUUUUCAAGCAGGGUGGCAAAAGACAGCUGAAAUAUCUUGGUUUUGGACAUGGUCCACACUCUUGGCGCAAAGUAUGUCGUGGGAACCAAAGAAGGAUUCUGCUCGAAUGCUGGCCGCCACAUGGCUUCUCAUGUCUUUUAUCUUGGGUGCUGUGUACCGAUCCAACCUGAAGGCCAUGCUCAUUAUUCCAAAAAUAAACCUCCCCUUCGACAACCUCGACGAACUCUAUACAUCUGACAUCACCAUAGCCGUUGUUGAGGGAGCCAGCAUGCACCUCGACGUAGUGAACGCUGACAAAGCUACAGGUUUGGGGAGGCUGAAGGAAAACUUGUUGGUGUAUCCUGCAGACCAGCAAGGAAAGGCAAUAUUCAACACAAUAAACGGAAUGCACGCAGGGUUUGCGCUCGAGAUAGGGCUGGCUGCCGUGAUGCACCACGAUUUCUCCAUGACGGGCAUAUGCAGACUUUUCAUGAUGUCCAGAGGGAUACAAGGACCUAGAAGCCUAAGUUUUAUCUUGCCAAAGGGUUCUCCCCUCAAGAGUAUGGUUGAUCCCGUACUAAUGGCACUAAGGGAAUCCGGAAUCCUGGAGAAGAUAAUUUAUGAUGGUGUGUCGAAUUUCUCUGAGUGUGCCAAUCCUGCAGCCAUCCUCGAAACCCAUCAUCGGCCACUGGAGAUUACGGAUUUUUAUGGAGUAUUUUCUCUUUACACUGCAGUUAACGUUGUACAAAUCUUUUAUGCUGACUUGCUGGAUACAGAUGCCCAGAUAUAA